AUGAAGCUCACUUUCGUCCCUAUAGCCGUCGUUCUUUCCACCGUCAUAACUAGCCACGUUGUACCAGGCCAAUGCAAGAUCCUGUCGGCGUCAAUGCUCUCGGGCAUGUUCUUCGGAACCAACGCGCCAGAGAAAGCUGCUCCCGCAAGUGUGACGGCAACUGUCGAAGCUGCAGUUGGGUCGGACGCUCCCGCUGGCGGCGAUGAGAUGAGUGCUGCGGCGACAAGUGGAUCUGCAGAUCUGACUCCCAAGGCCGACGUCGUCAGAGAAUUGGCUGAAGCGACACAACAAGCUGACCAAGCAGUUCCUGGGCAGGACGUUGUCGCGAGCCAGACUGACGCCAGAGCAGCCCAGGCCGAGGAGGCGACUGAGAAGAUCGUCGCUGCUGCAGCUGAGAGCGGCGCUCAGCCCACUGCCACGAGCGAAGCAACCGAGAACGCGAAGGCACCUGCCAGCGUGGAGCAGCAACUCACUGAGGAAGAUGCAGCAAAGAAUUCGGAGCUGCUCCAGUCCGUUAGCGAGUCUGCCGAGACCUCCUGGAUCUCGAAAGUCAGCAAAGACAGCGCCAUUGAAGCUUUACUCCCACUCGUUGCCUUGACGCCUGUCCUGGCGGCCGCUGGCUUCCAUGCUGACAUCGACGAGUCGUCACCUGGUGCCCCUCUUGUUCGUUUCCCCAGCAUCGACUAUGCCGUACACGUAGAAGACCUCAAGAACUACAACUAA